AUGCAGCAGCAGCAGCAGCAGCAGCAGCAGCAGGAGCAGCAGCAAGUUGACGGGGAGACUGUCUCCUUCUCGCCUGAGCUCGAAAGGCAGAUACUUGCGCUCUCCCAAGAGCCAGUGAGACAGCAGCAGCAGCAGCAGCAGCAGCACCAGCAGCAGCAACAGCAGCAGCAGCAACAGCAGCAGCAGCAGCAGCAAGAGCAACAGCAGCAGCAGAAAAAGCAGCAGCAACAAUAG